AUGUCGGUACUUGUGCACGGGCAGCCGGCCGGGCACGUCCAGUGCCUGCAGAUGGGCAGCCGGCCACGAGCUCGUCCGGUACCAGCGUACAGGCAGCCGGACUCAUUGGAUACCUGCGCACGGGCCGCCGGGCACGUCCUGUACCUGCGCACGGGCCGCCGGGCACGUCCUGUACCUGCGCACGGGCCGCCGGGCACGUCCUGUACCUGCGCACGGGCCGCCGGGCACGUCCUGUACCUGUGCACGUCCUGUACCUGCGCACGGGCCGCCGGGCACGUCCUGUACCUGCGCACGGGCCGCCGGGCACGUCCUAAACAUAUGCCAAGUACAGUAUACACCUGCGCACGGGCAGCUGGUAACAACCUUCCUGUGUGCAUGCUUCUUUUCUUAUCACUCUCCAUUAAUGUGUCUUCGCGAAAGCACUAG